GCUUUAGGAACAUUUGUUGCCAGCUAGGGUGAGAGAAAAUGCCAGAUAUGUGAAACAAAAGGAAGAGGACAGAAAAUAGACUGGAAAGAAGUGGAAGAACCUGUUUCCCCAGGUCAAAAGAGAGAUGGCGAAGGGUUAGCAAACACAACAAGAGUUUGACAGGUCAAGACAGAAUGAGGGAAAUAACUUCUACAGAGGGAGAGAAAUACAUCCACUAAACUGGUGUAACAACAUUACGAUAGACUCCCUGGAUGAGGAAAAGGGGGAGAGGGGGAGGAAAUGGAGUGAGAAACGAUGGGAGAGAAAGAUGGAUGUAGUGCAGGUGAAGAGGGCGGAGUUGAGACAACACUGAAUGUGUGACUUAGACAAACACAGAGCUACACAACACAGUUAUCCCUGGAGCCUCACAAUCCCCCUGAGAGGAGAGAGAAUGGGAGAGAAACCACAACAUUAACCCUGGACUACACACACUGACACACAACAGUAAUCCCUGGAGCCUCACAAUCCCCUUGAGAGGAGAGAGAAUGGGAGAGAAACCACGACACUAACCCUGGACUACACACACUGACACAACAGGGAAAAUGUAUGAAAUUUGUUGGUUUCUGUGACGGAAAGGGCCAAGGAUUAUAUCACUGGAUUGUUAAGGUUUAUUUCUCAAGGUCUGAGGCACACAGAGGGAGAGAGAAUGUCUUCAAUGUCAGAAGCAGACUCCCGCUGUCAACCAGGAGACACCAUCUGUAAUAUCCGUGUGUACGAGCAAGAAGUGAUCAUCGUGCCCAUCCUCCUAUUGGCUAGCUUCCUGGUCGUGCUGGUCUUCAUCAUCCUGCUACGGUACUGUCCUGAGAAGGUGGACCGCAUCCGACCACAGAACACCGUGGCCACGUCCAGAUCACAGCGCUCCAGAAGACAACUGCACGGCAUUGAUGCUCCCCUGGGUAUCAACCCGCUGGAACAUGAGACUAUUGCUCUCGAUACCCCAUCCUACUCUACCUUCUCAUCAACUCACUCCCACCCCUCCUCCAACCGUCUCUCCUUCUCCAUGAGGACUCCCUCUCUCCCCCCUAUCCCCCCACCCAAGACCUUCAUCCCAUCCUCCCUGUCCAGCCCCCUGCCCCAGGUGUUGACACCUUCUUUCACCCCUAUGGUCCAGCCUAGGGAGCUGCCUCGCCAGAGGCUGCCAGAGUCCUUCAACCUAGUGGCCUCGCUGCCCACAGCCUUCUCCCUGCGCUCUGACAAGGCUGUCUCUCUCUACAGGGCCCGCAUGGACAACAGGAACGCUGUGCUCCGAGUGCUCAACGACUCUGCGAGCGCCACAGAGAGGCACAACUUCCUGGGCUUUGCUUCCUUCUUGUCUCAGUUGGGGCCACACCCCUUCCUACCGGAGCUUCUGGGCGUGGUCUCUCUGCGUGUGCCCCUAGUUACCGUUGUUGAGGAGCUAGAGAACAGAGAUCUGCUCAGCUUCCUGUGGCGGUGCAGACAGGAUGGUGUGGGCGGGGAACCUCCAUGUGAGAUCACAGAGAGACGUAUAUUUACCAUGGCCAAACAAGUAGCCUCUGCUCUGGAGUUCCUCCACAGCCGAGACCUUCUUCAUGGCAACGUCUGUGCUCACAGUGUAUUGGUCAGCCGGGAGCUGACGGCCAAGCUGUGGGGACUGGGCGGGGUCUACACCAGGAAUACCCAGGGAGCUACUAAGACUGAAGUUCCCAGCUUGAAGAAAUGGCAGGCCCCUGAGCUAUUGGCUAGGAGGCCUGCCAAUCACAGCAGUGACGUCUGGUCGUUUGGCAUCUUGUUGUUUGAAAUGGCAACCUUGGGUGAUGCUCCGUUUUCAGAUAUCUCCGUCAACGAGCUUCUACAGUUUCACCAGAGAGGGAAAACACUGAGAAAGCCAGCCAACUGCUCCAACUCACUGUACUCCAUCAUCAAGGCCUGCUGCCAAUGGAAGGAGCAGGAUCGCGCCACGUUGGCCGAGGUCGACCGCAAGCUCCAAUCAGGAGAGAAGAGUGCCAAUGACAAAGUCCUCAAGGUGCCUGAGCCAAUCAACAUCGAGCAGUACCUGCAAGAGGCUGGAUAUGGGGAGUCCAACAGCUACACUGUUUUCUGAGUGGCGGCUGUGCCGUCCAACGAAAUGUACUAUGCCGAGGGACGACGGUGGAUGUUUAUAUAUGUAUG